UCAUAUUGUUAAAGAUUUCCCCGCGGUUGCAUUUAUCGGUUUUAGUUUACAUUAUUUUAAUUUGCAUUACACAUAUCCAAAGGUAAAACAUUGUUUCGCUCCUUGUGUCUGUUGUAGUAACGCGUGAGUGCGCGUGCCUCUAAGUGCGUGCGUCUCCACGCGUACGCACGCGUGCCUGAUCUGUACCGGAGCGCGAGGAGGGGUGUGUUCGGUAUUUGUGUGUGAAAAACAAGCGCAUGCGCUCCACGAGACGCGGACGGGGAGCGUCAGACCGCAUCGGCUGCAGAUUUUCCCCGUCAGUCGCGGGGGGAGAGGCGGAGAGGACAGCAGGGAGAGAUGGGAGUACCGUAAUCCCGUGGGGAGGGAUGGACGGACGGACGGAUUGAUUCAGCGCACACAAGCACGGAGAUCCUCACUGGACACCGCAUCAUCCACCGUAUUCCGCUCGGAAGCGACUCGGCGAGUGAAUCUGAAGUGAUGAGCUCGGUCUGUCAGGUUGUAUAAUGGAGAGCUCGAAUGGCUCCGACACCAAACCGCAGAGCCAUCAUCAUCCUCAUCCUCAGGUGGAGAAGAAGAGGUUAAACCGCGCGCCGUCCCCUGCCAGACCCGUCCUGAAGGAUGUCCACUCGCGAACGGCCAAACCGAUCGUGCCAAAAUCUCCCAAAAUCAACAAGCAGCCCGCGUCCGCCGCGCCGGUGACGCCUCACAGCCGCGUUCCGAGACGCACCGUCCCAAACGCGAAGGACAAAACCGCAUCAGCACCUGCAAAAAGCAACAUCAAGCCCUCAGCGACAAAAAAGGCCAUUAAGGUCACUCAGCAUGCUGUAUCUGAACCAAAACCGACCUGCAAAGCGGUGGAUACCGGCGCUCCACAGAUCGCCAAGAGCAAGGCACGGCUGGCCCCGAUACGCGUCCCCACCGGACGCGGCGUCUGUCCGACGGACAGCAGCUCGGAUUUGUCCGACUGUCCCUCCGAGCCGCUGUCCGACGAGCAGAGACUCGUUCAGGCCGCCAGUAGCGACGCGGAGUCCGGUAGCGGAUCCGGUUCGAGCGAGCAGGCGGCCGGGGUUCGGGUUCGUAUCUCCGGGGCGGGAGCUGCACCUGUGCACGGUGCGCACGCGGACAAAUGCAAAGCAGAGAAGGACGCACAAUUCAAACCGGAGGGCAAGGAAAUGGCCCAGGAUGAGCUGCUGAGGGAAAUCGAAGACCUUCGAUCGGAAAAUGACUACCUCAAGGAUGAAGUGGACGAGUUGCGAGCAGAGAUGGAGGAGAUCAGGGACAGUUACCUGGAGGAGGAGGUGUACCAGCUCCAGGAACUGCGCAGGGAACUGGACCGCUCCAACAGGAACUGCCGGAUCCUUCAGUAUCGCAUGCGCAAGACUGAACAGAAGAGUCUGCGUGUAGCUCAGACCGGACACGUUGAUGGAGAGCUUCUGCGCGGUCUGGAGCAGGACCUCAAGGUGGCCAAAGAUGUAUCUGUGCGUCUGCACAAUGAACUGGAGACAGUGGAAGACAAGCGCACACGGGCAGAGGAUGAAAACGAGCAGCUCAGGCAAAAUCUCAUCGAGGUGGAGAUCUCCAAACAGGCCCUGCAGAACGAGCUCGAGAGAGCCAAAGAGACUGCUCUGCGGAGGCGAGGCAGUAGAGAGACCUUCAAAGAUAAAAAGUCUUUAACUCAGGAGGACAGUGCGGAUCUGCGCUGUCAGCUACAGUUUGCCAAGGAAGAAUCGACUCUUAUGCGUAAAAAGAUGGCAAAACUUGGCCGUGAAAAAGAUGAACUGGAACAAGAAUUGCAGAAGUAUAAAUCAGUAUACGGCGACGUGGACAGCCCUUUGCCCCUGGCCGAGGUGACCGGUGGAGGCCCCCACACCUCUCGGGAAGCCGAGUUGCGGUUACGGCUCAAACUGGUGGAAGAGGAAGCCAACAUUCUGGGGAGGAAGAUCGUAGAAAUGGAGGUGGAAAACCGUGGACUCAGGGCGGAAAACGAAGACCUACGCUGCCAAUACGAGAGGGACUGCUUUGGGCGUGAACCCUUCUCGAGUGUCCCUACCUCACCGUAUAGUGGCGAUGCCCUGGAAUCUGCGAGCGAACUGCGGCGACACUUGCAAUUUGUGGAAGAGGAGGCGGAGCUGCUGCGCCGCUCUAUCUCUGAGAUUGAGGACCACAACAAGCAACUGACAUCUGAGCUCAACCGCUUCAAGUUUGGACCCAGCCAAGCUGACCGGGAGUCCGAGGGAGCUGAGGGUGGAAAUGGUGGCACGCUCAAAUCUGGUAACGGAGGAGGUCAUGGUUUCCCGGGAACAGGGAGUGGUGCCACAUUGCAGGAGGAGCUAAAAGCCGCAAGACUCCAGAUCAAUGAGCUAAGUGGGAAAGUGAUGAAGCUACAGUACGAGAACCGGGUGCUAAUCUCUAACAUGCAACGCUGUGACCUGGCGGCACACUUGGGGAUACACACCAGUAGCCCACGGGAUAGUGACGUGGAUAGUGAUCCCGUGCGAAGGGAAGCAGACGAGGACGAGAUGGCCAGGCUUCUGCUGCUCCACCCCAAACGUGAAGGUCCUGUUGGUGGGGAAAGCGACUCUGAUGACUUGUUUGAGAAAACAGCAACUUCUGGAUUUGUCAGUGGUGAGAAACCCUCAGAUCCUGGUGAACUGGGAGUGACCGAGUUGGCCCAGCGAAGACGGGAAGACCGGGAGACGCUCAACAAUGUCAGACGUGAAGCUGAGCGGCUUGGUAAAACGGUGGAGCGGCUCAUCACGGAUACGGACAGUCUUAUCCGGGAAGGACGACUGGUUGUUCUGGGAGGGGACCUUCUUGCAGAAGGUUUGGAGUUCAGAGGUGAUGGGGACUCUGCUGAAUCUAAACCCGACUCUCAGGUGCUGGAUUCCAUCAACACCCGCAUGAGGGCUUUCCGUUCAGAGCUCCAGCAAUUCAUGGACAAAGUAGACCACCUAGGGGAGGGUCUAAGGGACCGCAUUGAUGACCUUUCCCCCAUGCCCAAUCUCACCGAAUCUAGCAGCUUCCUUUCCACAGUUACCUCCAUGUCAAGGGACUCGCCCAUCGGGACACUGGGAAGGGAUCUGGUGACGGACUUCCAGUACGUGCGCAGGGAGGAGCAGGACUGGCGUCUAGACCAGCAGAGUGUCCCGGAGACCCCUGCACAGGGACAGGGCUCCACUAAGGGCUCCGUCACAGCCAGGGGAGGCCCUGGACUCAGUAGAUACACCAGACCCCACAGUUUCAGACCCGAGCUCCGGGACCCGGUCCUGUCUGAGAUGGGAACACCAACCAGAGAAACACAGCUCGACAGGAGGAUGAGAGACAGCUUCACGUCAUCCAUCACUCAGCUUGUGCAGGAGGAGGAGAGGAGGCGAGCUGAAGCGCGGCGAGGACUCGAGCUGCAGGGACUCCAGUCUCACGAGCCGACGUGGCCACAGGAAAGAGUCCUGCUGCAACAGGAAGUGAGGUCAUACCGCCACAAUAUGGUCAUUGUGUACAUGAAGCUGCGCUGGAUCCUGAUGCACUGGAGGCUCGGCCGCAGGACGGAUGCACUGGAGGAGGGAGCGCAUGCUGAGUAUGAACGAUUGGAGAACAUUCCAGAACUGGGCAUUAUGGUCGACCGGGGCGAUGGAGAGACGGAGCGGGAAGACAAAGUGUGCACUCAAAUCACAGGAAGUGACCUCACAGAGCCCAGCCCCCUCCUGCCGUCACCAGAGAGAUUCCAGUACCAGAAACAGGCGGGUGACAGUCGGCGGGUGCUGCAUGCGCUGCGCUCUCUGAUGGAGGAGCUCAGGGCGGAGCUCCGCGAGGAGGCCCAGCGGCGCUGGCAGCUGCAGCAGACGUUAGCCAAUGAGAGAGCGGCGUGGGAGAUACAGCGCGCUGAAAUGAGGAGUCACGUCACCAAGCUGCAGGAUAUGAGAGGUGAGUCUGCAGGCGCAGUCGCAGAUGAAGGUGCAGACUCUGCAGACGUGUUACAGCAGGAGCGAGAGGAACAGCGCCGCCUGCUGGCCGACAGUCACAGCACUGCACUGGAGCUGUGCUGGAAACUGCAGCAUGGAGAAAAGUGCUGGACCCGUGAGAGGAAUGAACUACUGGAGCGGUUUGAGAAAGAGAGACAGGAGUGGGAUCGCAGCUUGCGGGAAAUGUACCGCAAGAUGGAAAAGAUGCAGAAAGACUCAGAAGGAGGCGCAGCACAUGUCUUCUCCCCUCAGGAGAGCCCCUGUAAGGCACCGAGAUCUCCACGCUCCCCCUGCACAGUCACACACACACGCUCACACUCUGACUCGGAGGCCACGCUGGAGGAGAAGGGGGCGAUGGGCAGACCCAGACCCUUUGAGGGACACCGGCCCCCAGAGAGCCUGUUCCUGGAUGCCCUUUCUCUGGAUCCUCUGAGCGAAGCCGAGGUGCCUCCUCCAUCACGUCUGGAGAGCGAAAAGAGGUUCCCUCACCUGAAGGAAGUAAGAGACCGAGCACUGAAUGAGAUUUCUGAGAGUAUGGAUCCUGCCAUGUAUCCUGAGGAAGAGAAGAGCAGUGGCAGUCUACUCAGGGCGAAGUCGGUUUGCUCCAUGAGUGACUUCCAGCGUUUGAUGGACAGCUCCCCCUUCCUACCUGAUAAGAGCCAGCCUGGCGAGCACGGACGGGAUGAUGUGACUCCUCCCCUUUCACCAGAUGACCUCAAAUACAUUGAGGAGUUCAAUAGUAAGGGUUGGGAUCUGCCGACCAGCUCCCUAGCUGCUUGCCCCAUUCCUGGCCCAGUAAUCCCCGCUCCAGUGAUGGAGGCAUGGGCAGAAAGAGCAGAAUACCGAAGGGCAGAGUCUACUUCAGAAGCAUUCCAGCCAGCCUCCUGGUACCUCACCACCAGCGCUACCUUGACCACCAACACCAUGAGUAGCCCUGAGUACUGCCAAAUGCUUCCACUCAGGGCGGCCCAGGAGGGUGAACAGUUUGGGGUGCAUGUUCUCCACAGUCCCAUUCGAGGGGAGCGGUCUGCUCCAGGCCCCCCUGAGCAGGAAUACAUGUUCUCCAAAGUGACCAAAGUAAAGGGAGGGGAGGUAGUAGGAGGUGCCGAGGAGGUGUUUGGAGGAAGGUGGCCUUGUGAGCUUAGGAGUCAUUUGGAGGCAGGACUUAGGCCUGGAGAACAUCCAUCGAUUUGCGCUGCGGUCGGGUAUACCUCAUCAUUAGAGCUGGAGCUGUCACGGAAUCUGAGCGACGACAUGAAGGAAAAGGCGUUUUCUGCCCGGCAUGCCAUCCGAUCAACUUCUGCAUCCGGAUCCAGUCCUCCAGAAAGGCAGCUACAGGACAUGGCAUGCCAGACGAAUGGUUUAACCACACGGGGAACACAGACAACCCAGACCAUCAGUGUGGGAUUGCAAACAGAGGCUCUUCGCACCCUCACAAGCAGCCCUCACCGCUGUCUGACACCCAAAGGAGGCUCCACGCCCAUCUCAUCUCCGUCUCGUAGCCUGAGAAAGAUGCAGUACUCUCCAGUAGUACAAGCCAAGUUUGAACGCCCAUGCUGUUCGCCGAAAUACGGUUCACCCAAGCUCCAAAGGAAACCCUCUAAUUCUGGCAAAUCAGAACAACCUGCAAGUCAAGUACGUGCUCCCACCCCAACAACCACUGCCCAGCAGCAAAAAGGGAACAACGAAUCGGCUUGGGCCCGUUCCACUACGACCAGAGACAGUCCCGUUCACACCACCAUCAACGAUGGCCUCUCCAGCCUCUUCAACAUCAUCGACCACACACCCAUUGCUUACGACCCCUUGCAGAAAUUCAACAAGUCCCCAAGCCGCUCUCGUCCCACUGAAGCAGGGCCUCAAGGGCCAGCAGACCCCAAAUCUCCCAGUGCUUGUGCUGCACAGGGGCCUUUGAGGAACUCUCGGGGCCGGUCCCCAAGCCCUGUGCAGCUGAUUGUAGAGACGCAAGGUGAGAAAACUCCAGAGGUGAUUAGCAUCAGACAGGACCUGUCCGCUCCUCCGGGCUACACGCUAGCUGAGAACGCAGCAAGAAUCCUGAAUAAGAAACUUCUGGAGCAGAGCUUCAGAGAGGAAAGGAAGCUUUCCACUUCACCCGCAGCUGCUCCGAACAAAACCGGAGACACAGAGAAACCAGAAUGUCUUGAGGACUUGCCUCGUUCGCCAGUGGCUCCGCCUCUGGACUCCUGCUUCCUGCGUCCGGCUCGUCCUGCCAACCGCCGUCCUCCGUCCCGCUGGGCCGCCCACUCGCCCUCAUCCUCGCCCAAAUGCAAAGGCCGAAGGAAGAAGUUCCGCUUCCCCUCACCCGCCAGACUGGUUCAGACCAUCCCAGAGACAGAGGAGCCCGGUCAGGAGAUUUUCCUUUAACCAGCCUAGACUACAUCCUUCUGUCACCUCAAUCAAGCUUUAGAACAGUAGUUUAGAAUUUCACUUCUCAAAUGCCCAAAAAAGGGAAAUAUGGCGAUAAAUCAGGAUUGUAUUUAAUGCUUUCACUCUUCAUUUACCAUCCUGUUCUUGACCACAUGUACGCACACCGCCGGAGCGACGGAACCAUCGAGAACCUUUCUAAAAACCAUUUAACUGCCCUGCCACUAGAGGGCAGAGUUCUGUGAGCACCAGCUGAACUGAUCCAAUCGGAAACAGUUCUAGAAAUUCCGUUUCGGAAUUAUCAAGGACCUGGAAUGUACUGACGCAAAACACCGCAAAGUGUUCCAUCAGAGGUGCCUACACACGCGUGACCUCGCGACGGUCCCGUACUCGUGUGUGUCCGUGUACAUGUAUGCAAUACAUACCACUCGAUAUGUGUUGGUCAUGAAGCCACAAACUUCUUUUCAGAUGUUCUGAAAACUCGAACUGGAUAGUAAUAACGUUUGUCGGAACAGCAGAGAAGUUUACAUGUGUUGAUUUAAAAGUUUAGCAUUUGUUAAAUUAUGUUAAGCGUCAAUGGUUUAUAAAACUAUUUUCUUAAUUUCCGCGUUCAUCCAGUUUCGUUGGAAACCUUAGAUGCUUGAAUUAAAAAGACUCAGUUGUAUUUGUAAAGAGAAUUAGAUCAAAGGAGAAAACACACACACACACACACUCUCUAGUUUGACAGAGACGAAUGAUAUAUGAUGUCAAUCAUAAUGUAUUUUAAAACCCAAUGUAAAGCUGAAUGUUCACGAUGAAAGGACAGUAUAUUGACACUGAUUAUCCUUAUGCACAUUUCCCAAGUCACAAAAUCCUGAAGGAACAUGUGCAGGAUUCCAGUUGGAAGUUAUGUUGUAAUUUGAAGCCAAUUGUAAAGGAGUUUAUGCAUAAAUCAAGAUGAAAAUAAAACUCAACAUGUUUCCCUCAGAUCUGAGAUUUAAAUGUAUCGAUAUUUAAUAAGCCAUCCAUUGAGGCAGUCUAUGAUUGGUUGGUUGUUGCUUAGCAACUCAUUGUAACAUUCUAGCACUGCAUUGUUUUAUAGGCAGCAAAUUGCGGGAUUAAUGUUUAAAAGUGAUACAAACCUAAAAUUAAAAGUAAUAGUUAAUGUAAGUCAACCUUAAAGUAAUAGUUGACCCCAAAAUGAACAUUUGCUGAAAAUGUACUCACCGUCUGGCCAUGCAAGAUGUAGAUGAGUUUGUUUCUUCAUCUGAACAGAUUUGGAGCCAUCACUUUCUCACCAAUGGAUCCUCUGCAGUGAAUGGGUGCCGUCAGAAUGAGAUUCCAAACCACUCCAAUCCAUCAGUUAACAAUGUGUGAAAUAAUCCAUCCAUCAAGGCAUUUUAAACCAUUGGGUAAAAAAUAAGUGAGAAAAGUAUUUUUUUACAGCCAAAACAGUCCAAAACAAAUAUGUUGCUGGGUUUUGAUGUGAGAGGACAACAGGGGUUGAGGACGUGUUGUUAAAUAUUAUGCACAAAUAUUUUGCUUUUUAUAAACACACUUCACAAGACAUUAACUGAUGGACUGGAGUGGUGUGUAUUACUUGUGCAUUAUUGCAAUUGUUUUUAUCAGCUGUUUGGACUCUCAUUCUGACGGCACCCAUUCACUGCAGAGGAUCCACUGGUGAGCAAGUAAUGCAGUGCUACAUUUCUCCAAAUCUGAUGAAGAAACAAACUCCUCUACAUCUUGGAUGACGUGAGGGCGAGUAAACUUUAAGCAAAUUAGCAUUUUUGGACGAACUAUUUCUUUUGAAAUGGAUAGGAUAGUAUUCAAUAGUUAAGGAUUGGUUACAAAUUAUGACCCCUGUUCCAUUAGGAAUCCAGUGCACGUUUCUUCUGGGUUUGUAGACUAGGGUUUGGACAGCAGUUGUGCAGAUAUCAUAUUUGAUAUGCAUGCCUUUAAACACUAGCACUUUAGUGCAUGUACUCAGAUGCUGUUGUACCUUGUGAUAAAGCUCAUGAUGUAAGCCCACACACACACACACACACACACACACACACACACACACACUCACUGCCGUUCACUGUGUGUGGCGGCUCGUGUCAUUUUCGUUGUCAUCGAAUUUGCAUUGACACAAUUAAGAACACUUUUAAGCCCAUUAUUGUAGCUAUUAACUGGUCUUUGUAUAGAUGUUAUUAUGAAUUCAGAUCUUUCUUUGGAGGAAAAAAAAAUAUGAAUGUUUUAAAUGAAGUCACUGUCAGAUGUCUAAUGAUAGAGUGUUAAAUUGGUAAUAAAUUGAAUGUGUAUU